AUGAAACAAAACCGACUACUUCUCGAUGCUCAAAAAAGAGAACUUGACAAAAAUCAAAGAAUGAUAGAAAUGAGAGAACAAAGAGACAAUGCCCUGCGCGAUAGGGACCAAGCCCAAAAGGGCUUCAAUCUCGCCCUGCAAGACCUGGAUAUAAGCAAGGAAGAAGCUAAAAACUUGCAUAUCACCAUAGCCGGCUCUUUGGAGGAACGGCGGCAGUUGGUUGCCGAAAUCAACACUAAAGAAGAGCAAAUCCGGCAAAUGAGUCAGGCUAUUGAAGACCUGGAGGGGCAAAUAGAGCGGCAGCAGGAAACAAUCAAUGACCAAACUCGUCCCGAAGAGGAAAGGGAGGCAGCCCAAAGGGAAGUAGAAACCCUCGAGGUACGCCUUGCGGAAUUACAGGCACAAAAGGAAAACCUGGAAAAGGAAGAACUUUAUCCAGCUUUUGAGAGCAACCUUCAACACGAUGCUCAAGAGUUCCUGUGCUCUCUAAUAAUGGCACUACAAGAAUCUGCUACAAGCAAAGCUAAAAACAACACUAACCACACAAACUGUAGCCAGUCAUUGUAUCAGCCAAAUAGCAACCACAGCAAAGCUAUCGAAUCUAAAUGCAACAUCCUCAAUGUCUCUGACAUAAACGGCUCUAUACCUUGCUGCAUAGAGCAUAUGUUCCAAGGUAAACUAGUUCACCAGACGAAAUGCCUUAAUUGUGAAGAGUCUAAGCUGAGGUAUGAAGACUUUCAAGACGUAAGUGUCCCUGUCGUUGAAGACCAGCCUUAUUUAGAUGCGAGAAAAAAGCUGAUGUUGUCUCCCACGCCGAAGAAAGACAAGGAAAGUGUUCAUACUUUGCAAUGGGCAAUUGGACAGUUUGCGUCGAGUGAAUGCCUUCAGGGGGACAACAAAUACUUCUGUGAAAACUGCAAUACUUACUGCGAAGCUGAGAUCAGGACUUGUUUUGAUCGACUUCCUGGUGUUUUGACUAUUCAUUUGAAAAGAUUUACUUCUUCUGUUGGAUUAUCAUCCAAGAUUACUAGCAACCUACAAACUCCUUUUGUUCUAUCGGUCGAAGAGUGGUGUUCUAAGAAGUGUCAAAUGGAUAGCAAUGUGUAUGAGUUGUUUGGAAUUGUGGUACACAGUGGAAUGACUUCAGGUAGUGGGCACUAUGAGACGUAUGUACGGCUUAGUAAAGACCAAGACAGGAACUAUGAACAGAAACAUACUGUAAGAAGUGGAGACGUGCACGAUUUGAAAGAAAUGAAGCACGAUUUUAAUGGAUCCGUUGAAGCAAGUUGUUUUGAAGAGAAUAGUGACGAGAAGUGUAGCGAGAGCCAUGCUUCAUGCAAUGGAAUUAAAAAUGCUCCUAAGAUAGACGUUAAUGGGAAUUGCAUUGUCGAAGAAAAUGAAAUCAAACCCAAAUUAAGAGGAAAAAGUAAGAGAAAGAGAACUAGAAAGGCAGACGAUGAGAAUAUGAAGAUUGAAAAUGGCGCUGAAGUAUCCGAGAAGAGUCCCGAAGGUAGCAAAGAAGCAAAGAUAAAGAAAGUAGGAGACAAUACUUCGGUAGAGGCGGUAGAAAGUCCCUCAGAAAAACAAACACAAGCCCGGACAUCUUGUAUUUCAGUUAUUACUAGAUACUUCCAAAGAUCAAGGAAAGUAUCUUCCGGGAAUCGACCGAAAAAAAGUUCUAAAAAUCGAGCAAGCAAUGAAAAUAAUUCAAACUCGGGUAAGAAUAUCGAAGACGAGUCAAAGGACAAUGGUUCAGAAGUCGAAGAAAACGAAGAAAAGCUACAGGAAAUAGCUUCGAAUGAAAAACCUAAAGGCUGCGGAAGCAUAGAAAGUUACUUCAAGAAAACGAGUUAUAAGUCGCAUGGGAAGAACACUGCAAAAUCACCUGCAAUUCGCAAGCUACAUUUUCAAGGGAAUUCUGACGAAAACCCAAUUUGUAACGGCAAUUCAGAUUCACAUAAAGAAACAGGAACGACAGAAAGCCAAAACAGUAGCUCUGACGAAGAAUUUCAAAGAACUGGCAGCAGUUGUUAUGAUGAGAGCUUAAAAACUGGAUGGGUCCAUUUUGACGACUGUACUGUCGCCUCGCUAUCAGAGCAAGACAUCCUUUCUAUCUUAUCGUCAUCAGACUCGUCUUUUACUUCACCUUAUCUACUCUUUUAUCGAAAGAUUGAAUUGAAAAACGAAUGAGUAUUUCACAAACUAUUUCUAAACAUCACAAUAGCUAUGUUGGACAAGAACAAUGCAACUUUCUAUUCAAAAGAAGCCGUAUCUUUUUUUAUUUAAUUUUUGUACGGCAUUUCUUGACAGUGGUUUAAAAUGCCCAUAUUUUUUUCUAGCCAACCAAGGUUUUAGCCCAUGGAACAUUUUGAAACUACAGCUAUUUUUUAAAAGAUUGCAUGGUGAAGGUUUUGUCGUAUAUUGUAUGUUGCCGCAUAGCAAGCCAGUACUGCACUAUGGGUGGUGUGAAUGAAAUCAGCGAAAGGACGAAAUAAUAUGGUAUUUUCCCAAACUUUUUCUGCAUAUUUUCGGCAUAUUUUUUGGUUUAAGAAUAAUACAUUUUUCAAGCUUAGAAAGCAACUUGCGAGGAUUCGGCAUGCAACAAAACCUUUACCAGCAAUUUUUGAAACAGCUGUAUUUUCUAAGAUUUCCAUGUACGUUCUACUAAUACCAAUUAUAAAACAACUGUUGUGAAUGUCGCGUUCUGAUUGGUUUGGUGCGCGUGCUUUGUGAGAGCACAUUGCACACACGCGCACUUUCCGUUGCGUCAUUCCUAUCUAAA